AUCGAUCGUCCUCAGUAAUUAUACUCGCGCGUGUGUCUUGUGUUCCCGCGCCCCCUGCUGGCCGAAAGGAGGAGCUCGUGUUUGGCGAGGGAAGUGCCACCGUGUCCAAAGGUCAUUAUAUGAAACCUCCAAUCUGGAUCGCGGCGGCAACAACAGGAAGAAGAAGAUAGAGGAAUUCUCUAGGUCUUCUCGGGAGAAAUUAGUCCAGUCGAAGAACAAAAUGUUCUCCAAAUUUACGUCCAUACUCCAACACGCUGUGGAAGCGCUUGCCCCAUCGCUGCCCUUGCAGGAGGACUUUGUCUACCACUGGAAGGCCAUUACACAUUAUUACAUUGAGACUUCUGAUGACAAAGCUCCAGUUACAGACACCAAUAUCCCAUCCCACCUGGAACAGAUGCUGGACAUCCUGACCCAGGAGGAGGGGGAGAGGGAGUCUGGAGAGACAGGACCCUGCAUGGAGUAUCUCCUACACCAUAAGAUCCUGGAGACUCUCUACACCUUAGGCAAAGCAGAUUGUCCUCCGGGGAUGAAGCAGCAGGUUCUUACGUUUUACACAAAGCUGCUAGCACACAUUCGUCAGCCUCUCCUGCCACACAUCAAUGUCCACAGACCUGUACAGAAACUAGUCCGUCUGUGCGGGGAGGUGCUGGCUGCUCCUACAGAAAAUGAAGAGAUUCAGUUUUUGUGUAUAGUCUGUGCGAAGCUGAAGCAGGACCCGUACCUUGUCAACUUCUUCCUCGAGAACAAGGCAAAGAAACCUGAGAUAAGGAGACCUGCGGGGAAUGAGGUGGUGAAGGAGAAUGUGUUUGCUCCAGACACUGGUCAGUCUCCAACUGAGGGACAGGCUAACUGCUCAGAGGAGCCCCAGGCUGCAGCGGCUGCCUCCAACUCCAGUCCAACUACCAACAACAACCACAGCAACAACUACAAUCUUGUUAGCUCCCUGCUCAACCUCACAAAGAGUCCUGAUGGCAGGAUAGUGGUGAAGGCAUGUGAAGGCCUGAUGCUGCUGGUCAGCCUACCAGAGCCUGCAGCUGCCAAGUGUUUAACUGAGAACACUGAGCUCUGUGAGCUUCUGACUGACAGGCUGGUCUCCUUCUACAAAGCACUGCCACAGUCUAUCGACCCCUUGGACAUUGAAACUGUCGAGUCAGUCAAUUGGGGUCUGGAUGUAUAUAACCUGAAGGAGGAUGCUGCUGUCUUCACAGGGAAGAGGGCUCUCAUCUCGUUCCUGUCCUGGCUAGAUUACUGUGACCAGCUCAUCAAGGAGGCUCAGAAGUCAGCAGCUGCUGUGAUGGCAAAAGCAGUGAGAGAAAGGUUCUUUGUUUCUGUUAUGGAGCCGCAGCUGAUGCAGACGUCCGAGGUGGGCAUUCUGACCUCCACGGCCCUCCUGAACCGGAUCAUCAGGCAGGUGACAUCAGAGGCUCUGACGCAGGAGAUGGUUUACUUCCUGCUGGGAGAUGAAAGAGAGCCUGAGACUUCAGCUACUAUCGCCCAGAAUCCACUCAGACACAGGCUCAUUGAGCACUGUGACCACCUGUCAGACGAGAUCAGCAUCAUGACGUUGCGGCUGUUUGAGCAGUUGAUCCAGAAGCCCAACCAGCACAUCCUCCACAGCUUGGUGCUGCGCAGCCUGGAAGAGAGGAACUACCUGGAGAACAAACCGCAGGAGGAGCGGGAACCCCUGGAGAAUGGGCAGCCUCAUGAUGCUGUAGAUCUUGAGGAGGAUCCACUGUUUGGCGAUGACGUCUCUCCAGAAAGUAGGCUAUCGGGUUCCGAUUGGCUCAGUUCCUCCUCUCCACCACAGAGUCCCGACCACUCAAAGUCUGACGGGAAGACGGAGGUCCACAAGAUUGUCAACAGUUUCCUGUGUUUGGUGCCCGAUGAGGCAAAGUCAUCAUAUCAAGUUGAAGGCACGGGCUAUGACACCUACCUCAGAGACGCACACAGACAGUUCAGGGACUAUUGCGGGGUCUGCCAGCGGUGGGACUGGAGGGGAAGUCCAAAGCCUUUUGAGAAGUGUAACCUGGACAUCCCUUUCUUCGAGGGCCACUUCCUCAAGGUUCUCUUCGAUAGGAUGGGUCGCAUCCUAGAUCAGCCCUACGAUGUCAACCUGCAGGUAACUGCUGUGCUGUCCAAGCUGUCUUUGUUACCACACCCCCACCUGCACGAGUACCUGCUGGACCCAUACAUCAACCUGGCCCCUGGCUGCAGAUCUCUGUUCUCUGUCAUCGUCAGGGUGGUGGGAGAUCUCAUGUUGAGGAUUCAGCGCAUCCCAGACUUCACACCCAAACUGCUGCUUGUGAGGAAGAGGUUAUUGGGUCUGGAGCCCGAGGGCAUCACGAUCGACCACAUGACUCUACUGGAGGGCGUGAUCGUGCUGGAGGAGUUCUGCAAAGAGCUGGCAGCCAUCGCCUUCGUCAAAUACCACGCGGCUUCCUCCUCCUCACCGUAAUCUUCCUGCUGUUCAACCAUCUGCCGCGCAGACAGGUCAAGAUUAAACAGGGCCUUUUGGGGUGUGGCAGUAACGGUGGCACAGGGUCGGCAGAACUUUACCACUAGCUGCUCAUCCCUGCAAGACUGUUAAAGCCCAACACGGACGGGUUUCAUCGCCUCUUGGGCUCCACCAUAAAUUUAAAAAAAAAAGUCUUUGGUCUUGUUCUUGAGCAGGUCAGAGCACAGACACUGCCCAGCCAGCAGAGGAAUGAGAGGAGGGAAGGAUAUAGGUUGAGGUGCAGAGAGAUGGUCACUGGACUCUUUUCACCCCCCCCUCCCCACCGUCUUCUUCCUCACCAGCCAAAAGAUGAUAGCCCUGUAAUUAUCCUAUCCAGGAGAAAAGAUGUUUGUGUAUUUAUUUCCUGUCCCAUUGUCGCCCAUUUGUAAACAUCAUUGCCUUAGUGUGGGAUCACACCUUUCAGUUACAGAAGAUUGUUUCCUUUUGAAACAUUUUUUAUCUUGACUCCUCACGUGUUGUCUGUUUGAAGACAAGAGGCUGUGUAGAGAAAAACGCCCACCACCUUCAACCUCUAUACGUACCUGUAGUUACAUACAUAUUGAACUGCAGUAUUAACGAUACUGCACUCAUAUUUUAUAUGCCAAGUCCACUUAUUUAUUUGCUUUCAGGUUGCCUUUUAAUCUAAUGUCAUAUUAAGAAUAAUGCAUUUAAAACAGUCCAGGUAAGGACCGACUAAGCAGAUGCUUCUUACUUUUCUUUUUACUUUCGUCUUUCCUCAGUUUGUCUGUAAGUGCUCUCAAAGCUCUAAUGUAUUCACCCAAAGAUGUCACCAUCCAUCACAUGCAGUUUUGCAAAUUAUGUGAAUUUGCACACAGAUCUCAUUGCGUUGCACUCGUUACAUUUUGCUUUGUUCGGCUGGCUUUUAGGAAACAUCAAGAUAGUUAUGUGGUAUUGUAUUUCCUUUAGUUCCGAAAUGUUGUUCUCCAGACCCAGUGUUGCAUUUCUCACGCCCCAGUGUUUAUUUUAUCCAAGGGAUACUGUGUUAUCAUUUUUACACCAUUUAUAUCUCAAUCUUUUGUUUGUUCUCUGGAUGGAGGGAUGCAGAGGAGAUGUUUAUAUUGAGCAGUGUCUUUAAAACCAUCAUUCACUUAAGACCUCCUGUGGCAUCUAACAUUUAUCUAACAUUUACAACUUGAUAAGCUUUUGAUCACUUACAUACUGCAAGGAACUUUGAACUGGUUAUGAAACAGUUUCAGUUCCAUCCUAAUCUAACCAUGCCUCUGUAUGACUUAGAUAAGCAAACAAGACAAUCGGCGAGAAUAUCAGCUAUUUCUCUAUAGUUCUUAAUGGCUGUCAUUUGAUUAUCCAGGUUGUGUAAGUAAAAAAAAAAAACUUUUUUGUUACAGAGUGCUGAAGAUGAUGUAGAACUUGCACAGGUCUGCCAGAAUCAACAAAAAAUUGAAGUUCCUUCUAGCCACUUUGAAGCUUUGUGUUCAACCAGUUUGUGAUAUUAACAUCUCAUUUUGUUAUUUUUUAUUUGAAAUGAUCAGAUCUCAUCAUGUUCACAACUCUUAAAAUGUAUAAGAGUAUCUCAGUUUGGAUGUGUGGAAACACCGGCUCACAGUAUCCUCUGGGUUCCUCCUCCAUCGGUUAUCAUUAUCAUGAGGUGUUGCAUUUACUAGCAGUGUUACCUUUUCAGUCUGACCUUGAAUGAUGAGGAAACACACUCACAGUGUUGUGCUUUGUUGGAACAGGAUGUUUGGCUUCAUGUUGAAUGGAUAUCUUCAGUGAGGGACUGAUUACCUAAGAUUUGAAUGAGUAUAAUCAAGAUGCUACUCAAUGUAACUUUGAUUAUGGUGUUGUUUUCACAGUGUGAAUGUGUCCAUGAUUGGUGAGCAUGUUUGUGUGUGAGUGUAAUGAUUUAUUGUUGCUGUGGAGAGUGGACAGUUAUUCAUUGAAAGCCAUGAGUUUCUGGUC